CAGCGGGAGAGAAUUUAAAGAGGAACAGACGAUAACACGACCCCGGACAAAAAAUAUUGAAUCAUUUAUUGAUCAGUACCACCGAAUAUUUGAGUUCAUUUUGGAAUCUUUUCUUCCUUGGGGGAUUGUGAGCUGCAAGGAACGAAGAGGCAAAAGAGAAAAGCAAGAAAAAUAAACUGAGGAAAGUAAGAUCGUGUAAUAUCGAAAGGGGAAAAGCGUAAUACAUACAAGAUCCUGUGAUCUUCAAGGGCAAGACUCGAGUCCAAUUUCAGUUUGUCUUGCAACAGGGUGCAAUCAACGAUCAUAGAGCGUCCGCCAUUCAUUUAGCACAGUCUAUUCAGAUCGACAGCAGGUUGAUCAAAGCAUCUUCUUCUGCUCCAUCUCUUUUAGUAUCAUCUUAUUUAACCAAAGGGAACUGUUUGGUGAAUAAUAAUCGUUACUGGAGAGUGUCAUAGAGAACAAAGUGGUCAAAGAACGGCUAGUUGGCCAAAAAGAUCCUUUCUUCUCUUCYUUCAACUAACGUCUUUUAAGAAGAAGGAUUUCUUUAACAAUGCUUGUUAACGAUAGUAUUGUAAAUAACACAUGGAACUCCACUUCCACUUCUCAGGUUCACAGUAUAAAUAACGGCACAGCAUCACUGGUCAUCUUAUCUAUCAUCAUUGGUUUAGGAAUCAUUGGAAACUCUUUCGUUGUCAUGGUUGUUAGCAUGAUUCCCGCCAUGAGAACAACAACCAAUUUUCUUCUGUUGAACGUUGCGGUUGCAGAUAUUGUUACUCUUCUUCUGACUGCCAUUCACGUGGCUUUGAGAAGUGUGGUGGUUGCUUCAAACUUCAUGUGUAAGGUUAUCGCUCCUAAUACACUAUCAAACGUGGCUCUUCUAGCUACCGGCCUUACCCUCACUGUGCUUUCCGUGGAAAGAUAUAAUGCGCUUGUCAAGCCAAUGAGAGUCUCUCGCAGACUAACCACUGAUAAUGUACUGUAYGUCAUCAUCGUUAUAUGGGUGGUAUCCAUGGCGAUGGCGUUGCCAAUGUUAAUCUAYAUUAAGUAUGACCCUCAGUCUCCUCAGAUGUGUACGCCUGGUCAGAACUUAAACGACCUUCUUAUUUCUGUUGGUUGUAUUGUAUUCAGCAUGACAAUCAUUCCCUUUCUCGUCAUUGCUUUCUCUUAUUCGCAAAUAAUAUCAGGAUUAUAUUUUAGUAAUACGAUUUGGAAUUCCAAUAACCCUGGAACCCUUCCAGAAGAUUUAGUGGCCAAAAGAAAACUAGUCAAGCUGCUGGUUACGGUGACCGUUAUAUUCUUUAUUGCGUUUGUACCUUACGGUGUUCUGCAGAUCUUAAAUUUYAGUCUUCACGAGAAGAUCAGCAAACAGCAACUACAAAACCUGAAGAAGUUGACUGUUGUUAUCAAAUAUUUGAUGCCAUUGCACUCAUCUAUUAAUCCAUUA